UCGCAGCCCCAGGCCGCCCCCGGCCCCUUGGAGAAGCCGCCCGGCACGGCCAUUCUGUGCAACACGUGUGGGAACGUGUGCAGGGGUGAGGUGCUGCGGGUGCAGGACAAGUACUUCCACAUCAAAUGCUUCAUCUGCAAGGCGUGCGGCUGCGACCUGGCCGAGGGCGGCUUCUUCGUGCGGCAGGGCGAGUACAUCUGCACGCGCGACUACCAGCGCCUCUACGGCACACGCUGCUUCAGCUGCGACCAGUUCAUCGAGGGCGAGGUGGUGUCCGCGCUGGGCAAGACCUACCACCCCGACUGCUUCGUGUGCGCCGUCUGCCGGCUCCCUUUCCCGCCCGGGGACCGAGUGACCUUCAACGGGAAGGAAUGCAUGUGCCAGAGGUGCUCCCUGCCCGCGUCGGGGAGCGGCAGUGUGCACCUGUCCCAGGGCCUCCGGAGCUGCGGGGGCUGCGGUGCCGAAAUCAAGAACGGCCAGGCCCUGGUGGCCCUGGACAAGCACUGGCACCUGAGCUGCUUCAAGUGCAAGACCUGCAGGAAGCUCCUCACCGCCGAGUACAUCAGCAAGGACGGGCUGCCCUACUGCGAGGCCGACUACCACGCCAAGUUCGGCAUCCGCUGCGACGGCUGUGAGAAGUACAUCACGGGGCGCGUGCUGGAGGCGGGGGAGAAACACUAUCACCCUUCGUGUGCGCUAUGUGUCAGGUGUGGCCAGAUGUUUGCAGAAGGCGAGGAGAUGUAUCUUCAAGGUUUCUCCAUCUGGCAUCCAGCGUGUCGGCAAGCAGCCAGGACUGAAGACAGAAACAAGGAAACCAGAACCUCCUCGGAGAGCAUCAUUUCUGUACCAGCUUCCAGCACCUCGGGGUCUCCAAGCCGUGUGAUCUAUGCCAAGCUUGGCAGUGAGAUCCUAGACUACAGGGACCUGGCGGCCCUUCCCAAGAACAAGGCCAUCUAUGACAUCGACCGCCCUGACAUGAUCUCCUACUCGCCCUACAUCAGCCACUCUGCGGGGGACAGGCAGAGCUAUGGCGAGGGGGACCAGGAUGACCGGUCCUACAAGCAGUGCCGGACCUCCAGCCCCAGCUCCACUGGCUCGGUCAGCCUCGGGCGCUACACCCCCACCUCACGGUCUCCCCAGCACUACAGUCGUCCAGCUGGUACUGUGAGUGUUGGUACCAGUAGCUGCCUCUCCCUGUCCCAACACCCAAGCCCUACCUCCGUGUUCAGACAUCAUUACAUCCCCUACUUCCGAGGCAGUGAAAGUGGCCGGAGCACCCCCAGCCUCUCCGUGCUCUCGGACAGCAAGCCGGCCUCCUCCACCUACCAGCAGGCGCCUCGCCACUUCCACAUCCCAGACACUGGCGUAAAAGAUAACAUCUAUAGGAAACCCCCCAUCUACAAGCAGCAUGGUCCUGUAGCCCAAUCCCAAAUUUCCAAGCUCUCUGGCCUGGUAUCAGUCUUGUCCUUGGUGGUGCAGGAGGCAGGGUGCUCCAAGAGACAGACGGGCCCGAGCCCGCCACAGGCUGCAGCCGUGCGGCGGUCUGACGGAGAGGAUGGAAGCUUCGACCAGGACAGCAGGAAGCAGAAGGCCAGCUGGCUGAUUCUCAAGGGGGACGCAGACACGAGGACCAACUCUCCCGACCGAGACAGCCAGUCCUUGGGCCACUGUAGCGGGACCGAGAGAGACUCUCUCCAAAGAAUGCAAGGGGACGACUUUUGCUCACGAUUCCCCUAUUCCAAAUCUGACUCUCUCCCAGGACACGGAAAGAAUGGCUUGGACCACCGGAACGCCAGUCUGGGCCCCUGCGGAGCAGACCCUGAUGCCAGCUGGGGCAUGCGAGAAUACAAGAUCUACCCUUAUGACACCCUCAUCGUCACAAACCGAAUUCGCGUGAAACUGCCCAAAGAUGUGGACCGGACGAGACUGGAGAGACACUUGUCGCCCGAGGAGUUCCAGGAAGUGUUUGGGAUGAACAUGGAGGAAUUCGACCGCCUGGCCCUCUGGAAGAGGAACGAUCUCAAGAAGAAAGCCCUGCUGUUCUGACAGCCGCCCACUGGUGGUGCCGUGCCGGGAGCAGAGCCCAGAGACCCCAGCGAGACCCCGCCCCCUUCCCACGUACCUUGCUCGGG